GUGUUAUUCACUACGAAAGGCUUACGCCAUGUAUAGUGUGUCCUCAUUCUGCUUCACUCAUCUUCUUCCAACCAUGCCCCUAUGCUAUACGUUGGAUAGAGUCUUGGACUUUACACUUCUCUCUCUAUAUGUAUAUGUUUGCCAAACCAAACAUUCAUUCCCACUCUUGAGUUUCAACAAUGACACAAACACCAACCUCGUCCGAAACAACCUCUUCUACGUCGUCGCCGUCCACGCAUUCGGGCUCAAAGGCUCAGGCCCGGGCCAAGAGGCCCAGAGACUGCAGCAAGCACCCGGUGUACCACGGCGUACGGAAGCGCAAUUGGGGCAAAUGGGUCUCGGAAAUCCGCGAACCGCGCAAGAAGUCCCGCAUCUGGCUCGGAACCUUCGCCACCCCCGAAAUGGCGGCGCGGGCCCAUGACGUGGCGGCGCUCACCAUCAAGGGCCAAUCCGCAAUCCUCAACUUCCCGGAGAUCGCGGACCUGCUCCCCCGCCCCCUCACGUGCUCCCCACGCGACAUUCAAGCCGCCGCCACCGCCGCCGCCUCCAUGUCUAAAUUCGACCCCGUAACACAAACCUCGGACUCAGAAACGGAAACCUCCCAAGAAUCCGAACUGAGCGAGAUAGUGGAGCUUCCGAACAUCGAAGACAGCUUUGACUCCUCCGUUGACUCGUUCGUGAUGGUCGACGUUGUGGAGAGUUGGAUGUUUCCGCCAUUGGACUCCUUCUGCGCGGCCUUUUCCGAUGAGUUAUUUCCGCAACAGUUUUGCUCCGAAACGCUAUUACCCAUUUGGGAUUGAACGGUGCGUUUGGUUCCCCACUAUUGGUACCACCCACAACGAAAUCAUUUGAUACACUCUGAAAUCGAAAUUUGGGUGCUUUCACUUCCCAACAUGUGGGAUUCACAAGUGUCAUUAAUGGCGUGUUUCGCUAUUUCUGCUGUCACUGGUCCACUCUCUGCAUCAUAUUUCUUUCACACGUCACUUAAUAUUCCUAUACUUAGCCUUAGUAACUUCUCUUCCACUAUUCAACUUCACUCUCUUUCUUUUUAUCUUUCUUCUAUCUCCUAUCUACUAGUUAGCUAUAGCUUCCUCUGUUUCAUACAAUUGGAGACACAAAAUGUGAAUGUCCAAUGAAUUUUUACCACAUCACCUUACUGUACAGAACUAUAUAGACUUUAUUUUAUGAUCUUUUUUUCUGUUUUUUUAAGAGAUUUUCUGAGUUAUCCCACAAUGUUUCUUUUGUGUA